GACUGGAAGAGGCAGGGGAGCAGUCCGGGAAAGAGGCAUGGGCCGAACCAGAAACGCCUGCCACCGACCGCAGCAACAGCGUCAGGAACAGAAACAGGUUUGGCGACGACAGGCUCGGGGACGACAGGUUCGGCGCAGGGGGGAGGAAGGAGCUGGUGAACGUGGAGGAAGAGAUGGAGAGGUACGCGGUGGAUAAGGCAUGUAGACACUUCAUAGUCUCGUGCCUGCUGGAUCUUCUUCAGCUGCACUCUCACCACGCCUGCCGCCCUCAGCAGCCCUGCUUCAACCUCCCUGUCACUCCUGUCACGCCUGCGCCGCCGACAGCAAAGGGCGCUUCUGAGCUGGUGGUAUCCAAUCAGGUGGUACCUGAGCAGGUUGUAUCUGAGCAGGUGGUAUCUGAGGCAGGAGCUCCGUACCGGCUGGGAGAGCUAGCAGAGGUACUGCUUGUGGAAUCCACAGUGGCAACCAACGGGAUGAACCCCAUAGAAUGCGCUCAUCUGGACAGGCUGUAUCUGACCCACGGUACCGUCCAGGGGGGGCUGCAUCUGGGCCCGGGUAUUCUCGCCCUAGCUGUCGCUCUCGCCAUGCAGUCACUGCCUAGUCUCUGGCCUGAUGACGUGGCGGAAGUGGCUGAGUUUCUAGAGGAGAUGGGGUGUGAAGAGGCGGGGUAUCGGGCACGCGUGAGGGUGCUCGGCAGCGUGUAUGCUACUGAAGCGGACUGUAAGGAGGUUAUAAGGAGGACGGUCCGGCCGAGAGGGGUUGAGCCGGUGAGGAGGAGGAUUCAGAGAGUGGUGGGGGUGGCGGAAACGGCAUUAACCCAUGCGCCGACUGAGGCGUCGCGAUCGGCGUAUGUGAGGAGGUUCUGUGAUGCUCUAAUGGAAGAGUUGCUACAGGUGCUUCCCGAGGCUAUUCCGGAGGCUUGGCCCGAGCCUGCUUCCAGGCCUCCGCCUAGGAGUUUGAGUGGAGGGAGGGUGGGGAACGGGGAGAGGGUCAGGACGGAGGUGUUUUCGCCCCCGCCUCUUUCCUGCCCUGCCGCCCUACCUGCCUCUGCGUCUCUUCCUAAUGGCCUCACUGCCGGUUCACCAGCAGCAGCAGCAGUUGCUGUGGUUGAUGCAGAGCAGAGCUCACACUCAUGCCAUUCCAUCACCACCAGCCACACGCCCAUCACCACCAGCCACACGCCCAUCACCACCAGCCACACGCCCAUCACCACCAACCCGGAUCCCCCAACAACACCUCCAGCCACCUCUAUGCCCCCCAAGCCAUCCGCCUGUCUCCCCAGCUUCAUCCCCGUGAUCCCCGACACCGAAGCAGCGCCCAUCAUUCCGUGGGUGCGCGAUCUAGCAGAGGCGUCUGUUCUUGAGGCGCCUAAAAAACAGCCCCCCAAACCAUCCGCCCGUCUCCCCAACUUCAUCCCGGUGAUCCCGGACACCGAAGCAGCGCCCAUCAUUCCGUGGGUGCGCGAUCUAGCAGAGGCGUACCUGCGUCUGAGCCGGCACCUGUCGCUGGACUCAGAGGGCGUGCGGCAGCAGCACGAGCGGCACACAGACGUGUGCGCGUGUAUCAUUCUGAGGUGCCUCGUGGCGGAGGUGGCGCGGGAGAGGGAAGAGGCGAAGGUGGCGGCUGCUGCGGCGGCUUCGCCUGGGUCGCCUGAUGCUGCUGGGUUGUCAGAAGGGGAUGGUUUGACUGGUUCGGCUGCUACGGUUGAAGCUGCUGAUGGUGGUGGUGCUGCUGCUACCGAUCUGGCUGUUGCUUUGCCAGGAAAUUCAAUGGAGGCCUUAUUGGGAGGGAGGGGAGGGGAGGAAAGCAGCAGCACAGACGCACAGCAGGAGACGCAGGAGAGGAGGGAGAGGGAGGAGCGGGAUGCGGCGAUGGCGGCACUGCUGGUGCAUCUGGACAAGGCGCCGGGGGGCACGGGGUCGCUGGCAUGGAAGGCCAUUGGUCGCAUGCUGGAGCGGCGGAACCCCACGCACCCUGUGUUGCCUGCUGUCUGGUGCAUUUGGAGAGACAAGGUGCCGGGGGGCAUGGGGUGGCUGGCAUGGAAGGCCAUUGGUCGCAUGCUGGAGCGGAGGAACCCCACCCACCCCGUGCUGCCUGCUGUGUGGGUGCGGGCGGUUCUCAAUACUCACCUGAGUGCGGAAGGAGAGGUAGGAGAGAGAGGAGAGGGAGGGGAGGAGGGAGAGGGAGGAGAGGGAUGCGGCGAUGGCGGCGCUGCUGGUGCAUCUGGACAAGGCGCCGGCGGGCAUGGGGUCGCUGGCGUGGAAGGCCAUUGGACGCAUGCUGGAGCGCAGGAACCUGACGCGCCCCGUGCUGCCCGCCGUGUGGGUGCGGGGGUUCUCAACACCCACCUGGCUGUGAACGAGGAGGGAACGGGCACAGACGUGGACGCUCUCGAGCUCUUUGACUGGUCGCUCGAGUCCCUUCUCGUCACCCUCCCAGCGGGCCCUGAAGCUGCUGCAUCCCUCCUGAAGGUCAUUGACUGUGCCGCACAAUGGGACUCCGCUGCAAGAUUUGAGAAUUCCGCUGCUCGAUGGGAGAGAUCUGCUACUGCUGGUUGUUCUGGCGCGGCGCGGCUGUCUGAUGGGACACGUGUCGACGUGCUACUGGCCAUUGCUGCGCGCGUGGCGUGCACUAUUUACUGGCGGUGGCCCAGGAGAAGAGACGCGCCGAGAUUCGUGGCUCAAGUGCUCACCCUGGCACAUGGCACAGGUGAGACUGCUUGUGCUGCUGGUGUAUGGGAAUAG